AUGGCGCCUGCCCUGCACCACCUGUGUCCUGCUAAAGAUGCCAUUGUGGCUUGGCCUUUCGUCUUCACCGUCGCAAUGGGCAAGAUCAUCUUCUAUGAGGGCCGUAACUUUGAGGGCCGUCACUACGAGUGCAGCGGCGACUGCGCAGACAUGCACAUGCACCUCGCCCGUUGCAACUCUAUCCGUGUGGACAGCGGCUGCUGGGUGGCCUAUGAAAAGCCCAAUUACACCGGCUACCAGUACAUGCUGACCCGCGGAAAAUAUCCAGACUACCACCGCUGGGCCGGCUUCAAUAACUGUAUCCGCUCCUGUCGUAUGGUCCCUGCCUACAAUGGGAACUACAGGAUAAAGAUCUUUGAGAGGUCCGAUUUCGGGGGGAAGAUGAUCGAGCUGAUGGAUGACUGCCCAAACCUCCAGGACCGGUUCCACAUGAGAGACAUCUCUUCCUGCAAUGUCACAGAGGGCUACUGGGUCCUCCAUGAGCACCCAAACUACAGGGGUCGCCAGUACUUCCUGCGGCCAGGAGAGUACAGCCGAUACAGUGACUGGGGAAGUAUGAGCAGUACCAUAGGCUCUGUGCGACGUGUCACUGAACUGAGAUAG